ACGCCUUUCUGAACCAUGAUCAAAUAUAGUUGGCGUCGCCACUUAAAAAAUGCUCACUUCCAUCGUCCCCAGUUUUGCACGUCUGUCCUCCCUCAUGACGACUUCUCAGAUGCCCAAGAUUCUUCCUGUAUCAUCCAACAUAAAGACCUUCUCCGCAAGAGCCGCCACCCUUCAGGGACAGGCCUUUAUAUUCUCGACCUUGUCGAUAGCGGUUCAUUGGAGCCCAGUCGAACUCUCUACAACCUAUUGCUCAAAAGAUGCACCCACUUGAACAGGCUCAAAGAAGGUAGAAUCGUUCAUGCCCACAUCACCAAUUCCCAUUUCGGAGAUGAUGUUGUUAUGCAUAAUACCAUCCUGAACUUGUAUGCAAAGUGUGGUAGCCUGGAUGAUGCCCGCAGGCUGUUUGAUGAAAUGCCUGUUAAAGAUAUGGUUACUUGGACUACCCUUAUUACUGGCUACUCCCAGCAUGAUCGGCCUGUUGAUGCUCUUCGCUUGUUUCCUCUAAUGCUGGGGCAGGGUUUGGAGCCUAAUCAAUUCACCUUGUCCAGCCUUCUAAAGGCGUCGGCUUCCAACACUAGUGAUCUGCACGGCAGACAACUCCAUGCAUUUUGUUUUAAGUGUGGGCAUGAUUCCAAUGUUUAUGUAGGCAGUUCGCUCUUGGACAUGUAUGCUCGGUGUGGGAGCAUGGAUGAGGCUCAAUUGAUCUUCCACAGCCUUGAUAGUAAGAAUGAGGUUUCAUGGAAUGCUUUGAUUGCUGGGCAUGCAAGAAAGGGUGAAGGGGAGCAUGCACUACGUCUGUUUUGGAAGAUGCUGAGAGAAGAUCUUGAGCCUACGCAUUUCACCUAUUCAAGCAUUUUUGGAGCAUGUGCCACCACUGGGUCGCUUGAGCAGGGCAAAUGGGUUCAUGCCCAUAUGAUCAAAUCAGGUGGAGAGCUCGUAGCUUUUGUGGGAAACACCCUCCUUGAUAUGUAUGCAAAAUCUGGUAGCAUUGAAGAUGCUAAGAAGGUUUUUGAUAGGUUGGAAAAACGAGAUGUAGUUUCUUGGAAUUCAAUGCUUACUGGAUAUGCCCAGCAUGGGCUUGGAAAGGAAGCAGUGCAAUGGUUUGAAGGAAUGCUGAGAAUUGGAAUUGCACCUAAUGAUAUUACAUUCCUCUGCCUUCUCACUGCCUGUAGCCAUGCUGGAAUGCUGGAUGAAGGAAAAUACUAUUUUGAGUUGAUGAAGAAAUACAGGAUAGAGCCUCAAAUUUCCCAUUAUGUAACCAUUGUUGAUCUUCUUGGUCGAGCUGGUCUUCUUGAGGAAGCUGAGAUGUUUAUAAUAGAAAUGCCAAUUGAACCCACUGCUGCUGUAUGGGGAGCCUUGCUUGGUGCUUGCAGGAUGCAUAAGAACAUGGACUUGGGUGCUUAUGCUGCUGAACGUGUUUUUGAACUUGACCCCCAUGAUUCAGGGCCCCAUGUCUUGCUAGCUAAUAUAUAUGCCUCUGCUGGUAGAUUGGGAGAUGCUGCUAAAGUGAGAAAGAUGAUGAAAGAGAGUGGGGUGAAGAAGGAACCCGCAUGUAGUUGGGUUGAGAUUGAGAAUGCAGUGCACACAUUUGUGGCAAAUGAUGAUGCUCACCCACGGAGAGAGGAAAUACGUAAGAUGUGGGAGGAGAUUAGUGGCAAAAUCAAGGAGAUUGGAUAUGUUCCAGACAGUAGCCACGUGCUUUCCUAUGUUGACCAACAGGAGAGGGAAGUUAAGCUGCAGUAUCAUAGUGAGAAACUUGCUCUGGCAUUUGCACUUCUCGGCACUCCUCCUGGAUCCACCAUUCGGAUCAUGAAGAAUAUAAGAGUUUGUGGCGACUGUCAUUCUGCAAUUAAAUUUGCGUCAAAGGUGGUGGGGAGGGAAAUCAUUGUGAGAGAUACCAACCGGUUCCACCACUUCCGAGAUGGCCGUUGUUCUUGUGGGGACUACUGGUAGCCCACUAUAGAAUCUGAGGAGUAACUGUCAAUGCAUACAUUUGCUCUUGAUCCAUAUAUUUCUGAACAUCAGUCUGGCAUGGUUUUGAAAGAGACCUCAAUCUUCUGUUUUGUGAUGAAAAUAACUUCUGGCAGCCUGGAAAAUGAGAUCUAACGGCUUAGAUCAAAUUGAGACAUGGAGUACGACUUGACAUCUUCAAUGCAGUCAUCUCCUGCCUACCCUAGGGAAAUGGUUUGUUCCUGUAAACUACAUUCACUUCCAGGGCAGAGACCCAGAAACUAAUGUAACAAAGCACAUAAUUACCUUCAUUUUUGCAUAUUUCACAAGCAGAAUGGAAUAGCAAGGUGGGAGUUCUACAACAAAAGAGAUGAAAUAUCCUUGGGAUUGAGCCAAGUUUGAAUUUUUUUGGUAUAUGGAUACAGAGAAAAAAUCAAUAUGAUACUGGUUCAUCUUUCUCGUAUUAUUGUUCACCCUUCUUUCUUUUUUUUACCAUUUUUAUCACUAAUAGAAGCUGCAGUAGGGCUGAUCCUGCUGCAUCCAGAGUCAUAUGGUUGGAACUUGGAUUUGUUUGUAUCACUCAAUUCCCAAUGGGUGAACCAUUU